AAGCUGGUGCCGGGGCCUGGUGGUGACUGCCCUCCGGGGCCACGGCAGGGCUCCCAGUGGCCUGGCCUGCAAGGAACAAACUGAGAAAUGGAAACCUAGAUGCAGAGACAGAGGCAUGAAGAAAGGGACCCCCCCCACACACACCCUCCCCCUCCCCAGAGGGAAAUUCACAUUCUUCAAAAUCUUGGAAAUAAGUGACUUUCCCUGUGCUUUUUAAAAACCUGCCUACUGGGUAUCCUUAAGGAAACUUACUGAACGACUGCAAAUACCUAGAGGAGGAGUCCCCGAGUAAUAGAGAAAUCCAGGAAACAGCUCCCUGCAAAGGGGGGGCAGGGGGGUGCAACUGUCCCCAAGGGGAGAAGUGUUAGGAGGCUUCCUGAUCACCAUGGCGACUCAGCAGGUAAGUCACAUCCAUUCAGAGGACGGGGUCCCCCUCACUUCCCCCAGAGCCCGAGGGCCCGCACCUUCCCAGCCUGGAAGCGAGGUGCCCGGGAAGGGCAGACGCCUCUCCCGAGCUGAGUGCCCGAGCGGGUCCAACUUCAGACCCGACCUCCCCUGCACCCGGUCGAGCAGCGCGGGGGAAAGAGGAAGGGCGGGCAUCCCGAGCGGAAUCUCCGUGAUUGCACAGACCAGACCGCAGGAGCGCCAGCCUUUCCGUGCAGCUGCCACGACAGUGGAUCCUGAGAGACAAACAAGCAGUGCCCGUCUAGGCUUCAUCACAGGAAGACAGCAUUCAGAACGAGGAGGAAAUGUCCGAGGCGCAUGUACUCAGCACAGCCAGGUACCUCCACUGCUUCUCCCAGCUCUGACACUACCACAGUCCCAGUUUAAGGACAUGGAUAAGCUGGAGCACAACCUAGGAAGGCUGAGCAGGAGGGAGAAGAGAGGAGGGGAGCAGGCCACCAUACUUUGGCCAGUCGAAGCUUCAUUCUUCUUCCUCCUAGUCCUUUCCUCCUUGAGCCACCACGUGGAAGAACCAGAACUGAAGAACAGACAUGGCCACAAGGCCUGGGUUGUCAUCCAGACCACCACUUGCUGACGAUGUGUUUGGGUACAUUACUCCAUCUCUCCAGCCUUCAUUCCUCAGCCUGUAAAAUGGGGAGGGAUGUUGGUCCCUGAUCCUUUCCAACUCUAAGGUUCUAUAGCUUUUUCAAUGAACUUGUUGUGGAGAGGAAGACAUAAGGCUUCCCUAUCGAUUGGAAUAUUUACUCCAACCUACCACAAGGAAUAUUUCAUUAUACUAAGCCAUGUGAACAUGAAGAACAAGGUUAACUUGCUGAAGCAAUUUUAGGUUGGUUUUCCUCUUCCUAGCUGAAAAAUCGACCCAGAUGUUUACCAAUAGGAUCGAUGGAUACAAAUAUCAAGUCAUACCUAUAUACCUAAGCAUUAAAUUCCAAAGAAAAUGACUUUUUAGAUACUCAAUAACGUUUGUUGAGGAAGGUAGAGGAAGAGACGCUCUGAAAGAUUUAAGUAUUUAAGUACUAUUUAAGAAUCAGACUGUAGAUGAAAUAAGUCCCAGCAACGAUUUGCAUACAUUGAAGUAGACUUACUCAAAAUAAUGUGCGUUUGGGAUAUUGUAGCAGAGAUGGGUAACUUUGACCUUAGGAGAAAAACGAUUAAGUCUAUAGUUUACUAUUAUAUCCCCAUCUCUAGUGCCCAGAACAGGGGCACGUAGUGAUUAAAUGUGUGAUGACUAAUUGAAUGAAUGAAUAAGUAACAAAUCUGGAUGGAUGAUGGAUAGAUGAAUCAUUUAACCAUGAAUGAAUAAAUCAAGCAUUCAUGUGAAAGCUAUAAUGGUUUGGAAAAAAUAACACUAAACAUUUGUGGAAAAGGUUCACAUGUUAACUAGUAUUUGUUUCUGGAUAUUUAAAGUAAAAGGAUAACUGGAGGUAUUCAAGAAUAAACAGAUUGGGCAGCGACUUGGCAGGUGUGUGAGAUGGGAUAAAGAAGGUUCAGCUUGGAAAGGUGAUUGGACUAGUUUUGUCUUGAUAUUCUCUGAUCUUUUAAAUAAAGUGAUUAAUAAAGUUAAGGAUCCUAUAGUUGGCUAUUUUAACAAUUAUCUUUAGGUUUUCAAGUUAUAAUUUUUAAGAAGUAAAAAAACAUGAGAUGAAAAAUCUAUAUCUUUAAAUAGUGUUCAUAUUACACACCAAAGUAAUAAUAAAUUAAGUACAUAUAAUUAUAGGCAAGGUACCUUGCAGGAACUAAUCAGCUUCUAGAUUCUGCACUUGCAAACCUAAACACAUACAGAGAUAAUAAUACCAUUUGUUAUGACAUUGUGAAAAAUAUUUGGUUUUGAUAUUAUAUUUAAGAAAGACUUAGAUCUUAUAUGAAAAAUUUCAGAGAACGAGGAGGAAAAUAUAUACUAAUAUCCAUUCAUUUCACUAAGGAAAAAUUCUAAAUAUUAAUUUUGUUCAUCUUCAAAAGAUUGAAAGAUGGAAUGGGAAGUUGGCUUAGAGAAAUAAGAUAACACAAAGUCCACAGAUUGAAUAGUUUUCCAAGAAGUGAUUCUAUUAAAUAUAUACAUACAUAUAUAUAUGGCAUUUAUAUAUAUAUGUCUUAAACAGUACAUACUUUUUGCCGCAUCUCCGAACAAUAGAAGAGAUGCUAUGGAGAGGUAGACUAGUAGCCUAGCAACCUGAAAUUAGUGAGACAUGUCCCCUUUGGUUUACUUGAUUUAAAUCAAGAUUUUCAAGAGCAACUAUGAGAUAAAUGACAAAAAUGUAAAAACUCAUAAUGUUAGCACCACACAAUGUAUAUCAAAUCAUCAAAUUGUAUACCUUAAAUAUAUGCAACUCUUCAUGGUCAAAUAUUCUAUAUAAGAAAAGCUUAAUAUGCAAAUUGUUCAACUGGGAGUUCAAGCACUCGCUAUGACGUGCGCUGAUCACCAUGUGGCAGCAUGGAACAUGGCGGGUAUUGGCAGGCAGCGGGUGGCAGUGGAGGCACUGCCGGCCCCGAUGGGCCCUGAUGAGAGCAGGAACACGGUGGGAUGGUGGAGCAAGUGAGCAGGCGGCGCUAGGCCAAGGUGGGUGCUAGCGGGGCCACUGCCUGGCCCCCAGGCACUGAGGAAGCUGGGGGCGGCGGAGAGAGCCCCGGCCGGAUCAAUCAUCGGGCAGGAUAGUGGAGAAGAUGAGGGGGCAGCGGCAGGCCACAGCAGGGUGCCAGGCGGGGCUGCUGGGCUGUGAGGUUGGGGACACGAGCUGGGGCCCAAUCACCGCAGGCCACCCCGAGGGAACCCACCUAUGCACAAAUUUGUGCACUGGGCCUCUAGUACCUCAAUAAGAACAAAAAUAGCACUUAUGAAGACUAAAUGAGUUAAGAACAAGUAAAAAGAAAAUAGGAAAAUAUUUUAAAUUUAAUAAAUAUGAAGGUUGAACAAUAAAAUGGCUCUUGCUGAUGAAGACGGCUCUUUUUGUUUAAUAGUAGAGGACAUUUGGAAGUCUAAGGGUAAAUUUGAGGUCUGAGGCCGAGAAAGCUUUUGUAAAGCUUUCUAUACAGUGGUCUCAAAAGAAGAAGAAAAAGUAAGUAUACUGUUUUUAAUCCCCAAAUGUGGAUGUUUAUAAAGUAAAAAGUUACCUUUUUUAAUUUUUUGGCAAUACAAGGAAAAUGCAUUAUUUCUGUUAGAAAUUAAGUCUGAAAUCUAAAUCAAAUUCAUUUAUUCCAAUAUACUGCUUCUCAGAAAAAUUAUAUAUAGUUUGUAGCAGCAUUUUAUUUCUCUGAACACUGCACAGAGCGCAAAGAAAGGACAAAUUCUAGGUCAUGGAUGGUCUGGAUCCCCAAAGCAAAUAGUGUCAUUUCAAACUCUAGGUCAGAGCUCCUCCUACUGGAAUAACAUACUCAGUACAAGAUAUUAGACUUGGUCAAGACUCAAAAAAAUUUCUUUUAAAUAUUUUUAUUGAUUUCAGAGAGGAAGGGAGAGGGAGAGAGAGAUAUAAACAUCAAUGAUGCGAAUCACUGAUUGGUUGACACUGGGGAUCGAGCCCGCAACCUAGGCAUGUGCCCCUGACCGGAAUUGAACCUGGGACCCUUCAGUCCACAGGCCAACCCUUCAAUCACUGACCCAAACUAGAUAGGGCAAGACUCAAAUUUUUAACAGAUGUUAAUAGCACUGUCAGAUAUUCAAUAGGUCACAAAUUCCUUCUUUGUGAUAGGGGGAAAAUUUCACAUCAAGUGCUAAUUUUUAAACAUCUAUACUAUAUCUUCCGUCACCUUAUAACUGGCAUGUACUUUGAGAUUUGGGUUAACAUUUACAUAGGACUUAUGACCUACCUGGCAAUAUUCUGUUUAAAAAUAUUCAUAUAACCCUAACAACAACUAUAUGAGGAAGGAACUGCUCUGAUCUUAUUUUAUGGGUGAGGAAACUGAGGUACAUGAUACAUCUUAUUUCCUAUGUAUUUGCGGUUUUAAUGUUCUUGUAAAUGGUAUUUCUAAAAUUUUAUUUUUCAGCCUUUCAUUGGUGAUAUAGAAAAAUUGACUUUUGUUUAUUGCUGUAGUAUCCUAUGACUUUGUUAAAUUCAAUUGUCUUUUUAGAUUUUAUAAGGUUUUCAACAUAUACAUACAAUCUUGUUGUCUGUGAAUACAACAGUUUUUCUUUUACAAUUGCAUGCCUGUUAUUUCUUUUUCUUGACUUAUUGUACUAGCUAGGAAAUUAGAAGUAUAAUAAUGAUUAGAAAUGGUAAAAUGGAUAUUCUUGCCUUGUCCCCAGUUCUAGAGGGGAAGCAUUCUUUUUUUUUUCUUUUUUGCUAUUCUAUAUUAAUUGUAGUUAUUUCAAUAGGUGCACUUAAUAGAUUUAGGAAGGUCCCAUAUUUUUCUACUUUAUGGAGUUUUGUUUAAAUCAUGAAUGAGUGUUAAAUUUUGUCUCAUACUUUUUUCUGCCUAUAUUUCAUGAUCAUAUGGUUUUUCUCCUGUAUUCAUUCUAUUAAUGUGAGUCAUAGCAAUUGAUUUUUGAAUGUUGAAAUAAUCUUGCUCAUAUGGUUAUGAUGCAUUAGUCUUGUUAUAUAUUGCUGAUUUAAAAAAUAUAUAUCUCCUUGUUGUAUAUUGCUAGAUUCCAUUUGGUAUGUUUUGUAAGGAUUGUUGUGUCUAUUCUCAUGAGAGAAUUUAGUUGAUAAUUUUUCUUGCAGUAUUUGUCCAGGCUUGGUGUCAGGGUUAUGUAGGCCUCAUAAAAUGAGUUGGGAAGUGUUCUUUACUAUUUUCUCAAAGAGUUUGUGUAAAAAGGUAUUUCUUCCUUAAUGUCAGAUAGAAUUUCAGCUGGGCCUAUAGUUUUGUGUGAUUUUUAAAUUAAACAUUCAAUUUU